AUUGCCUUAUUAUAAUCUUGCAUUGGUUAUGUCAUCUAAUAUCAUGCAUAUAGCAAUUUUGGGAGAAAAUGAGUCAUACAACAUAAACUUUACAGUAUUCUCCUGUACAUUCCUACUACUCUUAGGUCCUACUCAAGAACAGGAUUUCCAAACAACAUGCAUUAAGAAUCACAUAUUCACAUUCAAAUUCAAUAAUCCUCCUCUACCAAGUUCUAUCAAAACUUUAAUCAAGAAUAAGAGAUCAUAUAAUAAUAGGUUCGUUUUAUAAUGGAACAAAAGAAAUCUUCUAUUGUUCUUGUUUUGAGAGAGUUCAAGCCGCACUUUCUGAUGGUGUUAGCUCAAGUUGGCUAUGCAUUCUUGUAUUUUAUCACUGAAGCUUCCUUCAACCAUGGGAUGAGUCCUUUCUUGUAUGUAACCUACCGCCAUAUCGUAGCGGCGGUUGUCAUGUUCCCAUUUGCAUUUUUUCUAGAGAGAAAUGAGAGACCAAAGCUCACAUUUGCUCUAUUCAUGGAAAUUUUUGUGCUUUCCUUGGCUGGGAUUAGUGUACCAAUCAAUAUGUACUUUGCAAGCCUGCAGUACACUUCUCCAACCUUUGUUGCUUCCAUUGUUAACGUCAUAGCUUCCCUUACCUUCAUCAUUGCCGUAGUACUAAGGUAUGAGACUCUUGAUGUUCGAGAUCCCCGGGGAAUAGCUAAAGUUACAGGGACAAUGUUGUCCUUAAGUGGUGUAAUGACAAUGACACUAUACAAAGGACCUACCAUGAGAAAUUUGUGGCAUGAGAACUGGCUCAAGGGUUCUCUUCUUGCAGUUAUAAGCUGUGUUUCAUGGUCUGUCUGGUAUAUCAUGCAGGCAGCCACUUUGAAAAGAUAUCCAGCACAGUUGUCCCUUACUACAUGGAUGUGCUUUGUUGGAGCAGCACAAUCAGCUGUUUUCACAGUCUUAAUUAUAGGGCAUAAACCUUCAGCUUGGACUAUAGGGUUCAACAUUGACCUGUGGUCCACAUUAUAUGGUGGAAUUGUGAUAGCUGGUUUGAUAAUAUACAUUCAGCUGUGGUGCACUGAGAAAAAGGGGCCAGUCUUCGUUACAAUGACUACGCCCCUUUGUACCAUACUUGCUGCAAUUUUAGCAUACUUUGUCUUUGGUGAGAAACUUUACCUCGGCAGCAUCAUAGGCGCAACUUUUGUCAUCAUUGGUCUAUACUUGCUGUUGUGGGGUAAAGAAGGUGACCAAAAGAUUCAUAUCAACACCAAACCUUGCAGUGGUGAAGAUCCAGAAUGCAGACUACAAUCAGUACCUUAGACUUGAAAAAGGAGAAAUCCAAAUCCAAGUGGAGGAAAAGUAAAUCAAAUAAGUCAUUUAAGACAUUUAGUUUGUGUAAUAUAUACAAUUUAAGAUUUUCAAUUUUUAACUCUAUAAAAUCAGCUUCAAAUUAA